CCCAAGUCGGCCGGGAGGCGUCUCCUCCCCUCGGUGUGCCCGGCCCAGCGGCCCCGGCGGCCCGGCAGCCGCCUCCCCGCCGCCCUCGGUUCCUGUUUCCCGGCUCCCCAGCAUUGGAAAACGACCACAGGGCCCCUCCGCUCUGCCGCUCCGCUCCUCCAGCAGAGAUCGGUAUCAAGAUAACCGGAUGGUUUACGAUAGCGGUUCCGGUGUUGGGUUUUCAAAAUAAACGUCCCCGCGUUUGGAACGAAAAGUGGGCUGUAUUUUAUGGAGACCAAACCACAGCUUACAAGUCAGUGGAUACUGCCCUCACAUUCAUCAGAUGGACGUUAAUAUGACACCAAGAUGGCAUCAUAAUGUCUCUCUCAUUUUCUCUCUUUUUUUCGUGUGGCCCAUGAAAGGCUUUUUGGCCCCAAACGAAGCACCGUUACUCCAACUGCUCAGAAGCAGGCAAACCCCAGAGGCCAGAACUCAACGAGGGACUUCCCACAUCAACUCCUAAAUCUCUCUCUCUCGCUCUCUCUCUCUCUCUCUCUCUCUCUCUCUCUCUCUCUCUCUCACACACACACACACACACACACACAAACUCACACAUACACAGCAGAAGCCUGCUGGACAGCCACAAUGAACCCUAGACCUUCAGUAGAGUGGACCGUUGUCACCGUCUCCAUAUGUGGGAAACAUUCGCUUGGUGCCGAGCCUGGACCCGAGCUUUUGGUUGGAUUUUUCUUUUGAUCUCGAGGCAGGAUAGAGUUUGGGUGUAGGAUGAUGAUUGAGCUGCAAAGCACAGAGGAUGGUGGAGGUGGUUGUGGCCACGUGGACAUAUUGAGCACAGAGGAGCUAGAGUGUAAGAUCUGCUACUGUGUGUACAACCUUGGGAGUCGCAGGCCGAAGGUGCUCGAGUGCUGCCACCGUCUGUGCGCCAAAUGCCUCACUAAGAUUCUGGACUUGGGUGAGUCACCUCCUAACGCUGUUGUGUGCCCCUUCUGCCGCUACCUUACCAAACUGCCAGGAGAGGCGGUGAGCAGCCUGCCAGAUGACUGCAAUCUGGUGGCGGCGCUGGCCGUCCAAAGCAGAAAUCAGAGGAAUUUCCACUUUCACCAGGAGGCGGCCACAGAGCUGCUCCUCAGCCCCAGGCGCCUGAGCUCACUGAUGGGUAGCAACCCACCUGUGACAUCCCCUUCCUCCUCCUCCUCUUCCUCCACUUCUUCCUCCACCAGCUACUCCUCCAUCCGUGGCUCCCCUAACUUUGUGGUUAUUACCAUCAUGGAGCCUCCCCCGGUGCCUGCAUCCAUCCAAGACCACUAUCUCUACUACCAGCCAAGUGGAUCCCACACAUCAAAUCGGGGAUACCGCUCAUCCAGUCUAGACUCCAUGACAUCUAUCACGCAGAGGUGGACGGUGUGGAACUGUGCAGCUCUCCUGUGCCAGACCUCGGCCCGGGCGCUGGUGUGGGUGCUGGGGCUGCUGUACUUCAGCUCUCUGCCCAUGGGGGUUUACCUGCUCAUCAUGCAGAGGACAAUUCUCGGGGUGCUGCUAGUGAGCCUGGUUCCUGCCAGCCUCGUCAUGAUCAUGGUCUAUGGGUUCUGCCAGUGUAUCUGCCAUGAGUUGUGGGACUGCAUACCGCCAUAAUGGGACCAGAUGAAUGGGCAAUGGUUUGCUUUGAAUGUGCUUGACAAUGGAUCUCCAGAAUUCACUAAUGGGGAUGUUACUGUGUAACUGACCAUGUGAACGCUUUAAUAGGAGAAAAAAUGUUCCUUUUUACUGAAGAAGAGAGCAAGAACAUUAUGCACAUUACAAAUGGAGCUCACAGUUUGGGGGUUUUGAUUAUUAUACAUGUUAAUGUGUGCUUUCUUUAGCUUGGUAGCCAAGUAAUUACCUAUUAGAGCUCAAAGUGUCAGAUUUAGCUAAAAGUGUAAUGCCAAUUCUGGUGGAAUUUGCUGUUAGUUUGUGUUAGAGAGAAACAUGAAGGUGUUAUUAAUAACUCUCUGACACCUCUGGCUCUAAUUUGUUAACUAAUAGUGGUGCUCAGCCUUUUCAGAUUGUGUCCCAGCAUCAAAUGCAUCAAACAUGAA